UUGGAAAUUACAAACUCCGCUCUUUAAUACAGCUCGCUCGCACGCACGCACGCAGUAUUAGGAGAAGACACAGACCGUAACGGUACGGAACGAAACAAAACAAAACAGGGAAAAGCGCUGAAAAAGCAGCAGAGGAAGCAGAGAGAUGUCGGACAAUAACGCAGCUACCGAGGCAGUCGGCGAGAGCCCGUUGGCGGCACCAGCCGUGGGCAGUGAGAAAUCGCCGAAAAAGGCAGGCGGCAAAUCAGCGGCGGCAGCAGCAGCAGCGAAGAAGCCGAAAAAGCCCGCCAACCAUCCACCGGUUAACGAGAUGAUAGUGGCCGCCAUCAGGACGCUGAAGGAGCGCAACGGUUCAUCGCUGCAGGCCAUCAAGAAAUACCUGGCCGGCAACUACAAGGCGGAUGUGGCGAAGCUAACUCCGUUCAUCAAGAAAGCGCUGAAGAACGGUGUCGUCAAGGGCCUGUUUGUGCAAACGAAGGGCACUGGUGCGUCGGGCUCGUUCAAGAUCCCCCCAAAGGCCAAAAAGGAGUUCACCGGGGAGAAGAAGAGUGGCUCGUCGGCUAAGAAAGCACCAGCAGCAGCGAAAAAGGGUACCGCUUCCGGGGAUAAGAAAUCCAAGAAGGCAGCCGCCGAGAAGAAGCCGAAAAAGGCUACCGCUGCUGCUGGCAAGAAGAAAGCUGCCGCUGCUACCGGGGAGAAAAAUACAGCAACCGCAGCCAAAAAACCGAAAGCUGCUGCUGCUGCUGCUGCUGCUGCUGUGAAGAAGGUGGUGGCCAGCGAGAAGAAAACCAAGGCAGCGAGUGCCAAGGCUGCCAAGAAGACCGGCAGUGUGAAGAAAGCUGCUGCUACCGCCCCGAAGCAAAAGCCAACGAAACCCUCGAAAACCGCCGCACAGAAACCGAAAACGCCAAAGCCAAAGAAAGCAGCAGCAGCUCCGAAAAAAGCUACCGCUGCCAAAAAGUGAACAACGUAGCCAGUAGUAGUGGUCCGACUAAAACAACAGCACAACACGAGAAAUCAAAUUCAGUCCUUUUCAGGACUAUCAAUA